AUGAGCGAAGCCGGCGGCGGCCGGGGCUCUGGGUCCUCGGUCCCCCAGCGAGCGCCAUGGAGCCUGGUGGCGGCGACGGCCGCGCUGUGCCUGGUGUCGGCCACGUCCGUGUGGCCGGCGGGGGCCGCGCCCAUGAGUCGCGAGGAGAAGCAGAAGCUUGGGAAUCAAGUACUGGAAAUGUUUGAUCAUGCUUAUGGUAACUAUAUGGAACAUGCUUACCCAGCGGAUGAACUCAUGCCUUUGACCUGCAGAGGUCGGGUUAGAGGCCAGGAGCCAAGUCGGGGUGAUGUUGAUGAUGCCUUGGGAAAAUUUUCCCUGACACUGAUUGAUUCUUUGGAUACUCUUGUGGUAUUAAAUAAAACUAAAGAAUUUGAAGAUGCAGUGAGAAAAGUUUUAAGAGAUGUUAACUUAGAUAAUGAUGUAGUUGUAUCAGUCUUUGAAACAAACAUCAGAGUUCUUGGGGGUCUUUUGGGUGGACACUCGCUGGCAAUCAUGCUGAAAGAAAAAGGCGAGUACAUGCAGUGGUACAAUGAUGAGCUUCUCCAAAUGGCAAAGCAAUUGGGCUACAAACUUUUACCAGCUUUCAAUACUACCAGUGGCCUUCCUUAUCCAAGAAUCAAUUUGAAGUUUGGUAUCAGAAAACCAGAAGCUCGGACAGGUACUGAGACUGAUACCUGUACAGCUUGUGCAGGCACCUUGAUCCUUGAGUUUGCUGCUCUAAGUCGAUUCACAGGAGCAACGAUAUUUGAGGAAUAUGCAAGAAAAGCUCUUGAUUUUCUCUGGGAGAAAAGACAGAGAAGUAGUAAUUUAGUGGGUGUGACUAUAAAUAUUCAUACUGGAGACUGGGUACGAAAAGAUAGUGGAGUUGGAGCAGGGAUUGAUUCAUAUUAUGAGUACCUGUUGAAAGCCUAUGUCUUGCUUGGAGAUGACAGCUUUCUGGAAAGAUUUAAUACACACUAUGAUGCCAUCAUGAGGUAUAUAAGCCAGCCACCUCUGCUACUUGAUGUGCAUAUCCACAAGCCAAUGCUGAAUGCUCGGACUUGGAUGGAUGCUUUGCUUGCCUUUUUUCCAGGUUUGCAGGUCUUAAAGGGAGAUAUUAGACCUGCUAUUGAAACUCAUGAAAUGUUAUAUCAAGUGAUUAAAAAACACAAUUUUCUACCAGAGGCAUUUACCACAGAUUUCAGGGUACAUUGGGCUCAACAUCCGUUAAGGCCAGAAUUUGCAGAAAGCACCUACUUCUUGUAUAAAGCUACAGGAGAUCCUUACUACCUUGAAGUAGGGAAAACACUUAUUGAAAAUUUAAAUAAAUAUGCUAGAGUGCCUUGCGGAUUUGCUGCCAUGAAGGAUGUUCGUACUGGAAGUCAUGAGGACAGAAUGGAUUCCUUCUUCUUGGCGGAAAUGUUUAAAUAUCUUUACCUGUUAUUUGCGGAUAAAGAAGACAUUAUUUUUGACAUAGAAGAUUACAUUUUUACAACAGAAGCUCAUCUGUUACCUCUUUGGCUCUCUACUACAAAUCAAAGAGUCUCUAAGAAGAACACAACUUCAGAAUAUACAGAACUGGAUGACAGUAACUUUGACUGGACUUGUCCAAACACUCAGAUCCUCUUCCCUAACGAUCCACUAUAUGCUCAGAGCAUCCGUGAACCCUUGAAAAAUGUGGUGGACAAGAGCUGUCCUAGAGGCAUCAUCAGAGUCAGAGAGGAGAGUUUGAGGAGUGGAGCUAAACCCCCUCUGAGAGCCAGAGAUUUCAUGGCCACUAACCCUGAGCAUUUAGAAAUCUUGAAGAAGAUGGGGGUGAGUUUGAUUCACCUCAAAGAUGGGAGAGUCCAGUUGGUUCAACAUGCAAUCCAAGCUGCUAGUUCGAUUGACGCGGAAGAUGGGUUGAGGUUUAUGCAGGAGAUGAUUGAAUUGUCAAGUCAGCAACAAAAAGAACAGCAGCUCCCUCCACGAGCUGUACAAAUUGUUUCCCACCCGUUUUUUGGCCGGGUAGUAUUAACUGCUGGUCCAGCACAGUUUGGGCCAGACCUGUCUAAACAUAAAGAGACAAGAGGAUUUGUUGCAAGCAGUAAACCAUACAAUGGCUGUUCAGAACUUACUAACCCUGAAGCAGUGAUGGGGAAAAUUGCUUUGAUACAAAGAGGGCAGUGCAUGUUUGCAGAAAAGGCACGCAACAUACAGAAUGCUGGCGCCAUUGGUGGCAUUGUUAUUGAUGACAAUGAGGGGAGCAGCAGUGAUACUGCCCCUCUGUUCCAGAUGGCGGGGGAUGGGAAGGACACAGAUGACAUUAAGAUCCCCAUGCUGUUUUUAUUCAGUAAAGAAGGAAGUAUCAUACUGGACGCCAUCCGGGAGUAUGAGGAGGUGGAAGUGCUCCUUUCUGACAAAGCAAAAGAUCGAGCAGCAAUAUUAAAAGGUAAAAUGAUUCCAAGCUACAUUAUUAAUAGUAAUCCUGAGAUGGAAAAUGAAGAACAACCAUCCUCCGAAAAUGACUCUCAGAGUGCUGAGCAGAUUGCAUCAAGGUCUCAGGAGAUUGAUCUGGUUGAUCAGGAGUCUCCUGAGGAAAGUUCUGUGAACUCUCAUCCAGAAUCUUUAUCUCCAGUAGAUACAGACAGUGCUGCAAGCGUUUCUUCUUCUGAACAGGAUUCUAACCCCGUGGAAAACCUCGAGACUACAAGUCUUGAUGGUGAAUGUACAGAUUUAGAUAACCAGCUUCAAGAACAGUCAGAAACUGAGGAGGAUUCCAACCCUAAUGUUAGCUGGGGUCAAAAGGCCCAGCCUAUAGACUCCAUAUUAGCAGACUGGAAUGAAGACAUAGAAGCAUUUGAAAUGAUGGAUAAGGAUGAGCUCUGACUCAC